CAAUAUGAAUCGGAGAACGAACCCAUUAAAAGAUAUUUAUUAAAAUCUAUUAUUUUUAAAUUAACGACGAUACCAUUGUACAUCUCUUCGUGUUAUUCUCGGUCAUUAAAGGAAGAACGUAUAGUGGCAUGAACGUAUAGAUCGGCGUGUAUGGGUGCGGAUGAUCCGAAAACACGAUUAGGUCGAAGCUCGCCAACUCUUUCAAGACACUGAAGAGAUUUACGUACUUUCACGAUGUUUCCCACCUCCGAAAGAACAAGAUAGUAUAAGUAUAAAACAGUAAGAGUUUGAUCGCUCUCGGAAGCGAUAGUUUAAUCAACCUUGAAUUCAGCUACAGAUUACUCAUUUUCUCGACGAUUGAUUCUUUUUGCCAUUUCUUCUUAUCUGGUAGACACUUGAAAUAAAAUUUUAGCAAGGGGUAACCGUUUAUCGAAAAGAGUAACGUACGCGUGGGCAAUCGUGGAUCGAGAAAAUUUUGUCGACGAAAUUUGUUCCACGAAUUCGUCCAGUAGUGCGUUUAUGGUAAAUAGACGACGCGCGUUUUCGCUUUACGUACCAAAUGUUCUAGUAAUUUCAAAAUCUUUCUUACCAAACCGAGCACAUAAUUAAGAAUUUAGGUGAAAAAGAUGAAAAAACGGACUACAAAGACGACGAAGCACAAAGCAUGUUCGUGGCGCGUGUUUCCCCCGACGAUAUCAGUACGAUUCGUCUCCGUCCAAUCCGCUGUAUCCCCCGCUGAUGGAGCAAAGUUCAGACUGUACCAAGAGCCGAUGCGUGACUAAAUAAUGAUUUAACGAAGUGUCUUCAGUCUUCGCGGGUAAGUUGCAUGUGUUGUUGGAUCAGCGAAAACGACCGAAUCAAUCGAAAGCAUUCUGCGUCGAGCCUGAGGACAAUAUAGUGAUAAAAAUACAAAGAAGAAAGUAAAGAAGGAAGAAGAGAAAGAGGAAAGCAAGGUUGAGAGAAAGGGGGUAGAAAGGAGCAGAAUGGGAGGAACCUGAGGAAGGAAGAAAACGCGGUAGCAAAAAAGGGAACUAAGGAGGAAAGGAAAGAAGGCUAAGAGGGAAAAUAAAAAUGUGGAUUAAUCGAACAAGAAUAUUUUUUAAAACACAGUCGAAUUCGAGUUUGUAGAAUUACUGACGAUUUUAUUAGCGGUCCAUGCAUUCGAUAGCUACCGAUAGCGAGAUAAAAAGAAGAGAAAGGAGAUCGAUGUGCGACUUAAUGGAAAAUCAGUGGGUAUUCCUGGAUCGAUGAGAUUCUUCGAAACAAUGUUAAAGGGGUAAACGAAUGAAAGAAAAAUAUCUGUAGGAAAACACGUGUGAGUGGGAUAUUCAUACCCGAUGCAAAAUAUCGACACGAUGCGUCUAAUUCAACAGCUGGUAUUACUUUCUAUUCUCUUGUUGGAUAAUCAGGUGGAAGUCACCUGGCCCAAGGCCGCAAAUCCCUUGCCUUACCUUCGGUGGGCAUCUAAUUUACGAUCAGGCAGUUCGACCUCACCGAGUUCUUCUUCCUCUUCCUCGUUUUCUUUAUCGACUUCUUUCGAGGAAGAGAAUUGCGCUGAAUGUACACAAAAUAAGGUUGGCAUAUUAACCGUUACCGAUCCGAUUUUAACAGAGCUAAGAGUCGAGUAUGUCAAACAACAAAUACUGAAGAAGCUAAGACUUUCCAAGCCACCCGAGAUAUCGAUGCCGCUGUCGACCUUGCCGAAGCCUCUGAUAAAUGGUCGUGUACUCGAACUUCAACCCGGAGCACCACUCGAACCGGAAAAAUCAGCUGACAGUUUUUAUGGAAAAACAGACCAAAUUGUUGUUUUUCCGAACGAAGGUAUUGCCGAUUCGAAAAAGUGCCAACAGAAAUCGAACCAUCUGACGGGCUUUAAUCCGGCAGCCUGUUUCACGUUUUAUCUACCGAACGAAAUGCAAUUCGUGGAUGUGACCUCGGCGCAGCUUUGGUUUUACAAGGAAUACGACGAAAAUGACUACCUAAAUCAAACUUUCGUGCUCUCCGAGCUCGAUCAUUGGGAUUUGAGCGGGAACUUCGAGAAAAACACGAUUAUGGCUAUCUUUGAAACCGAUAUCGGAGAGGGAUGGGUGAAGACCGACGUAACUUUCACGCUGAAGAAAUGGGUGGAAGAACUUCGAUUGAAUCACGCGAUACAGGUAGCUUGUAGCACCUGUUCGAUAGAUCGGGACACAGCGCCUGUAUCCGUUGAACAGACAUUAAAACCGUUCCUUGUGAUACACACGUCGCCGUUACCGCAGAAAAACAGACCGAAGAGGAACUCGAAUUGUCUGCCGGAAAUGAAGGAGUGCUGCAGGGACGAGCUCUAUAUUAAUUUCAAAGACAUCGGUUGGAGCGAUUGGAUUCUUCAUCCGAGCGGAUAUCACGCGUAUUUCUGUCGUGGAUCGUGUUCUUCCGCAGCUUCGUUGACCAUCAGUGGAUCUCCCUACAAUAACGUGAUCAGAAGGUUAUUGGCCAAGAAUGGUAGCACAACGCGUCGUAAAAACGAGAUCAUUCCAUGUUGUUCACCUACGCAAUUGUCGCCGAUUCAACUGCUCUACGUUGAUUCGAACAAUACGAUCACGCAAAAAACACUGCCAAAUAUGGUAGUGGAAGCCUGCGGUUGCAUGUGAUUUACGAAAGUCGCUGAAAUUCUCCCACAAAUCCCCCGAAAAUACCCUACGUCGGCUCGAUCGAUUCGAAUUCGAGGUCCUAUCGCACCUGAUUCAAUCGUUUCCAAAGCGACGAGAGUUUGAUCCCCUUCGUUACCUGAAACAAGUUCCUUUUGAAUAAAUUUGCACAUGCAACCUCUUCGUAUCCUGAAUUUCAAAGGAGCAAAACUAUAUACUAAAGUGUAUAGAACUCUCGAAUGUUCACCGUUUCGUUGAGAAUUUAUCGAAACAUUAUCGCGGAGAAACGCGAUGCUUCUGUCGAAUCAAAUGGACUUCACGCGUAGUUUUAUGGUUCGCAGUGAAGAGACUAGGAAAACGUUUAAAGUUAAAACGUUGUGAACUACAAAUGCUCUCAGAAAGCCCGUGGAAGGCACGAAUACAGAAUCGAGAAAGAAUGUACACGCACGAGUCGCCUUUGAUUUUAGUUUCCACGUCGAAUACAGUUGUUUAUACUUUCGCGUACAGAGACUCAAGAAAGUAUUUAAACGGUUAGAGUAACUUCAUAUUACGCAGAACAUUUUGAAAUAUUAUUAACACGACUGUCACAAUUGGUAAAAUUUGAAACGAAUUUAAAAAUCUAUAUAUAUAUAGAUUUAUAUAUAUAGAAGUUAAAAUAUUUGAACAGUCAAUUAUUCGUUGUAUUAAUGAACCACGAUAUUUAAUGAGAUCAUUUUUAGCACUAAUUAUACGUUUAACACCAUUAUUCAUGCUGUAUACAUACUAAUUUUUUGACAUGUAGAUUGAUAUAUGUACAGUAGCGUUCGGAUAUGUGGCCACGAAUUUGUCCGCUCGUAUGGCCACAAGUUAUCCCCACCAAUCCCUGGAACUGCUGGCGCGAGGCAGGCCUCUGCGUUAUCUAUGAUCCGCAUCAAUGUAAUUCAAAUCGGAAUAAGAAAAAUACAAUGUUUUUUAUUUUUUUAUUAUAUCGUUACGAGAUAGCCUCAGUCGGAUUAUUGAGAUUUGUACAAACAUGACUAUAUCUGAUCAACAAUUGUUAACUAAACUAAUGAAAUAUGUAAUAUACGACUAGGAGUAAAAAAUGA